UUGUGCUCAUUUUUUUGUAAAGUUGUGAUUUAUUUUAUUGGUUCCAUUUGUUUGGAUGUGUUAGUUUCCGUAUUUUAUUUCAAAAUUGCUAUUUUUAUUUUCAAAAUAAAGUUUGAUGGAUUGUUUGGGAGUGAUAGGCUGAAAGGUGAAGGCUGCUCCAUGCGUCUGGGGGUGGUACCGGGGGGCUCUUCUGCUCAAACCCCACCUCCAGACAAGUUCCUGCCGGAGACAGCAGCAGUGACAACUCCUCUCUCUGCCGGCUCCUCGGCCUCAGCUCCUGGAUUCUGUCCCUCUGCAGGGCCCGGACAUUUUCACCGCCAUGGAGCUCCUUUACGCGCUGGUAUUUCUCGGCGUUGUUGCGCCUUUUCGCGCGUCCGACUCCAAUCUGAGCAACUCGGUUUUGGAGCCUUGUGAUUUCCUCUUCGACACGGCGGUGGAAGCCUACUACAAGGGGGACUGGCUGUCGGUUAUCCUGAACAUGGAGAAGGCUCUCAGGAACAAAGCUACGGUCCGCAACGUGAAGGCUCAGUGCCGGAUCAGCUGCGCCAAUCAGAGCGCUUUCGGCGAGCCUCUGGCCGGCCUUGGAGUUCCCAUCCCCGGGGCCGGAUCUGUGGAGGACCUGGGCUUCUUCCAGAAAAUCCUGAAGCGGGCGGAUUGUGUGAACUCCUGCGAAACUGAGAAACUCGGUUCAGCAACUUUGCAUCAAGUUGGUGAAGAAGUGGAGCUGGAGUUUAAGAAGAGGACUCCCUAUAAUUACUUACAAGUGGCCUAUUUUAAGAUCAAUAAGCUGGACAAGGCAGUGGCGGCUGCCAACACGUUCUUCCUGGCCAACCCGGAUCACAUGGAGAUGAGACAGAACCUGGAGUACUACAGGAUGAUGGCAGGAGUACAGGAAGAGGACUUCAAAGAUUUGGAGGCCAGACCCAACAUGGCUGAGUUUCUUGCGGGGAAGAGCUACUACAGCGACGACUCCUUCGGCCUGGCGGCUCAGCACUUCGAGGCGGCCGUGGAGGAGUAUUUCACAGCCAACAAGGAGUGCAGAGCUCUGUGUGAGGGAUCCUACAACUACGACGGAUACAACUACAUGGAGUACAGCGCAGACCUGUUCCAGAGUGUGACUGACCACUACAUGCAGGUGCUGAACUGUAAGCAGCACUGCUCCGUGGAGUUGGCCUCCACCGCCGGCAGAGACAAGCCCUUUGAGGAUUUCUUGCCCUCGCACUUCAACUACCUGCAGUUCUCCUACUACAACAGUGAGAAAUACGAGCAGGCCAUCGAGUGCGCUAAGACCUACCUGAUGUUCCACCCCGAAGACGAGGUGAUGAACCAGAACCUGAAUUAUUAUUCUGCCGUGCUGGGCGAAGACAAGGCGGCCACCAUAUCAGCCAGACAGGUGGUGAAAGAGUACAUGCAGCAGUCCAUACUGGAGAAAGAGCUGCUCUACUUUGGAUAUGAAGCCUUUGGAAUCACCUUUGUAGAUCCAGACACGUGGACUCCUGAAGACAUCAUGCCUAAAAAACUGAGAGACAAACAGAAGGCCGAUAGGGAGACGGCAGCGAGGAUCACGGAGGAGAUAGGAAACCUGAUGAAGGAGAUCGAGACUCUGGUUGAGGAGAAGAAGAAGGAUUCUACAGAUAUGGCCAAGAUCAUAGUACCACAAGAGGGUGGCGCUCUGGUGUACGACGACAUCAAGGUGACGAUGACGUCCAAGCAGCUGAACGGCUCCCAGCGGGUGCUGCUGGACGGUGUGAUCACCGAUGACGAGUGCAGGGAGCUGCACCGCCUCUCCAAUGCAGCUGCUCUGAAAGGUGACGGCUACAGAGGGCGGCCGUCCCCCCACUCCCCCAGCGAGAUGUUCCAGGGAGUCACCGUCCUGAAGGCUGUCAAGCUCGGACAGGAGGGGAAGGUCCCGCUGAAGAGCGCCGGUCUGUUCUUCGACCUCAGCGAGAAAGUGAGGAAGGUGUUGGAGUCGUACUUCCAUCUGGAGACUCCACUGUACUUCUCCUACUCCCACCUGGUCUGUCGCUCUGCCAUUGAAGAGAAACAGGAGUCCCGUGAAGACCUGAGUCACCCUGUUCAUGUGGACAACUGUCUGCUGGUUUCUGAGCUCAACGAGUGUAUAAAGGAGCCUCCUGCAUACACACACAGAGACUACAGCGCUAUCCUUUAUCUAAAUGACGACUUUGAAGGAGGAGAGUUCAUUUUCACUGAACUGGAUGCCAAAACGGUCACGGCUGAGGUGCAUCCACAAUGUGGUCGUGUGGUUGGAUUCGGAGCGGGGAAGGAAAACCCUCAUGGCGUCAGAGCCGUCACCAAGGGUCAGAGGUGUGCUGUAGCACUGUGGUUCACUCUGGAUCCUACUCAUGAGGAAAAGGAGAGAAUCCAAGCUCAGGAUAUGCUGAAGAUGUUUUCUACCCCCGUGAAUGCAGAGUUCAGCGAAAAGGAGGCAGCUGACACUGUUGAGCCUAAGUCGACGACACCUGAAAGUCCUGCACAGGCUGACCAAGAGCCAGCAGAGAAAAAACAAGACGAUAAAGCACCAGAGCCGAAGCCAAGUGCGCCGACGGUCCCAGCAAAGGACGCCGCAGCAAAACCGGCCGGCAAAACAGCCGCUAAAACCAAAGCUGCGCCUAAAGCAAAGGCUAAAUCUGGAGACCAAGCAAAGGCUAAAUCUGGAGACAAAGCAAAGGCCAAAACGGCAGACAAAGUUAAACCUGCUGCUAAAAAAGAUGCAAAACAGACAGUUAAAACACAAGCCAAGCAGGUUGCUAAAAAGGACACAAAAGCAGCAGCGAAAAAGACAGAAAAAGUUAAGAAGGACUCUACGUCAACGUCUGACUCUCAGAAAGGCAAAGAGGAGCUGUGAACAAGCAGUGACUGUCCCCAAGUCAGCUCUAUUUUUCUACUAUUUUCUACAAGGUCGUCUCUGUGGGUGGUUUGUGUGAAAACUGUUCUGCAAAAUAGUUUAUUUUGCCUUUUAAGUUAAUUGAUUAAGAUGGAUGUCAUUGAAAUUGUUGCCGACAAUGUGCUCAAGUGCCCGUGAACACUGUAGCCAUCUCUUUUUGGCAGACGCUGUAAAGACUGCGCGUAAUUUUAUUUCACUUUUAAAACUGAGCUCUCUGUUUGUUGUCUUUUUAUUUGUGAUGUUAUGUUGUUGAACUAAGCAGAGAUGGGUGAAAGGGGGACGAGGGGAGAACCUGGAAUCAGACAUGUGAAUCUAUGGAAUAAAAAGUGCUGUUUCUAAAUAUCA